AUGUCACCUCGUACAUGGUCAUUAUCAUUUACAAAAUUUCUUGAAUUAUUAUUUCAUCUUGAAUCAUUUUCUGUAUCAUCAACACGUCCAUGUCAACAUCAUUUAUUUCGUGAUCAUUAUCAUUAUUUUCAUUCUCAACAAUUUAUAGCAUCAUUUCGUUUAUUUCAAAUAAAAUUAAAAGAAUUUUAUUUACCAAAAUUAAAUUUAACACUUAAACCAUUUGUAUAUGAUCGUGAUUAUUAUAUUGAAUCAACAAAAAGUUUAUCUGUUAAUGGUUAUAAUAUAUUUUCAACAAUAGUUGAACGUUUAAUUGAAUUUAAAAAUUUAAAUUUAGUACCAGAUUCAUUUAUAUCAAAAAUUGAUCAAUAUUUAGCACAAGAAAGAUUAGAACAACAAACAUUUCGUUCAUUAAUGGAUGAAAUUCAAUUAAAAAUGACUGCUGGAAAUGGUGGUGAACAAAAACGAGAAUUAGAUGCAGUUAGUUAUGUUUGUAUUGAUGAUCAAAUAGUUGAAGCAAAAAAAUUCAUAACAAAAAUAGUUCAUAAUUGGAAUACAACACUUCUUGAACUUGUACAAAUAAUAAAAAAAUAUGAAAAACAACAACGUGAAGCAUCAAAAAAAGUACCAAUUAAAGCACUUACAUCAGGUGAAACAACUAAUGAAACAUCAAAUUCUAUUCAAACUGAAUCUGAUAUAUCAAAUCUAGCGGAAUCAUUAUCUGUAUCUUCAACACAACAAUCAGUAACAAUUGAUAAUGAUGAAAAUAAUAUUGAAAAUGGUCCAAAAAUAAUAUCAUCAAAUGAUGAUGAAACAUCACGACGUAGUGGUGUAUUAAAAUUUCUUUCCACAUUUUUACCUAAUUCAGAAAAUGAUUUUAUACCAUUAAAAUCUCCAUUUAAUGAUGAUGAACAUUUACAAUUAUCUGGUAAAUAUAUUGUUAAUCAUCGUGAAUUAAGUUCAAUAAUUGCACAUGCAUUAUCAAUGUCUGAAUAUGAACAACGUUUAAAUGAAGAAAUUUUAUUAAUUAAUGAAACAAAUCAAGAAAAUAAAUCUAAUGAUAUACAACAACAAAAUGAUGAUAAUGAUAAUAAUAAUAAUAAUAAUAAUAAUAAUAAUAAUAGCAAUAAUAAUUUAUUAGAUGAUGAUCAUCAACAUAUUGAAUUACAUUUUCAUGAUUCAUCAACAAAAUUUGUUGUUAAAAUUUUUUAUGCAGCUGAAUUUCAUUUAUUACGUCAAAUUAUAUUUUCAAAUAAUGAUCAAACACCAUAUAUACGUUCAUUAUCACAUUGUAAAAAAUGGCAACCACGUGGUGGAAAAUCAAAAUCAGAAUUUUGGCAAACAUAUGAUGAUUAUUUUGUAUUAAAAGAUCUUAAUCAAAAAGAAUCAUUAUCAUUUUCAACAUUUGCACCAUCAUAUAUUGAUUAUAUAACAAAAACAAUAAAAUAUAAUCGUCCAACAACAUUAACAAAAAUUCUUGGUAUUUACCAUAUACAAUAUCGUCAUAAUACAACAGGUGAAAAUUUUAAACGUGAUAUAUUAGUUUUAGAAAAUUUAUUAAAUAAUCAAAGUUCAGUAAUACCAUCAAUUAUAUAUGAUUUAAAAGGUUCAAUGAGAAAUCGUUUAGUUAAUGUUGAUGAUACACAAACAAAUGCUGUUUUAUUAGAUGAAAAUUUUUUAACACAAACACAAGAUAAUCCAUUUUAUGUACGUUUACAUACAAAAUGGACAUUAAUGAAAGCAUUAUAUGCUGAUACAUAUUUUUUAGCUAAACAUGGUAUUGUUGAUUAUUCAUUAUUAGUAUCAUGUCAUAAUAAUAAUAAUGAUGAUGAACAACAAUCAAUUGUUUCUGUUGGUAUUAUUGAUUAUAUAAGAACAUAUACAUGGGAUAAAAAAAUUGAAACAAUUGUUAAAUCAAUGGGUGGUCAAGGACAAUCACCAACAGUUAUAUCACCUGAACAUUAUAGAAGAAGAUUUUUACGUCGAAUGGAUCAAUAUUUUCCUGUUGUACCUGAUGAAUGGCAUGCAUAUGAAAAAAAAUAUUUAGAUUUAUCUUUAUUUCAAACUGAAACUAUGUCAGCUAAUUUCGCUAAUAAUGAUUUACCGACUCAAUAG